ACAAAGUCAAUAACCAAAUUUUUUCAAAGAACAUAUUAAUUAGAAGAAGCAAAAAGAAAAGGAACAUUAAAUCAAGUAUCAAAAGAAUCAAUGGAAGGAGAAAAAGACUCAAGUCGUUCUAAAUCCAUGGCCAAAGGCUCACCUUUGCCUUUGGCAGCCAACAGUUCUUUUCCUCAACACCAUCACCAACACCCUUUUCCAACACCAUCUCCAUUCUCUGUCUCAGUAGCUUCUACUGGUUGGAGCUCAAGGCCUACUAUCAACCACUUCAGCCUCUUCUUAAGGUUCUUGGCUUUUCUGUUCUCCUUUGUCUCUGCUCUUUCUCUUGUCAUCCUUGCACCAAAGAAGAAAGUUAGAGGAUCAUCUUCUUCUUCGAGCUUUGGCGAAUUCUCCGAAUUACUGUACUGCUUCACAAUAACGAUGCUAGCUUUUGCAUACUCAGUUUUCCAACUUUUCAAAGGCAUUCUUGAGAUUGCAGACAAGGGUAUUAUUAUGUCAGACAUGGUCUCUGAUUACAGUAGCUUCAUUGUUGAUCAAUUGUUGGUAUAUCUUCUGGUUUCAUCUUCAUCAGUAGCAGUACCUGCCAUUAAAAACAUGGAGUCAUAUUCCUCGCUUUGGAAGGGGUCUAUCGUCUCCGUCGGUUUCUCUUUCGCCACUUGCCUUGUUAUGGCUCUUUGUGCUCUCUUGUCUGGUUACAAGCUUUGCAAGAGAAUAAUUUGGUGAAAAGCCUCUUAUGCAUUAGAUUAGGCAUAUCGUAAAUUUCUUCCUCUUUCACUAUUACCAUGAUGUGUUUAUUCCAAAUGAAUGUGUUAAAUAUUGUAUUCUGAAAAGAAAUAAUAAUUGGAACGGAUUACCGAUACAAGAUUUUUGGCUGA